ACGCUUGUUACUCCUUCCUAUCCGAUUUACAGCGGCUGCUUCCAACCCGACGUCUGAUGGCCUUUGAUGUUACCUGGUUCAGGCCUGUCAUUGUGUUCGCUUGCAGGGUCCCUGGAGGUUGACUGAGAUAGCACCCCACAACGUUGUUAUGACAACGCUACGGCAUGCUAUCAAGUUUGACAGCUGCGAGUAGCAAUGUGAUGUUCUCAGGCAUGGCUUGAUAGGCAAAGCGCCGUCGGCAUUCAGUUGUAACGGGUCAUGCUGGCCGACACAUGGCUGACUGGGACGAUGGCAAGAAUGGGGGAUCACCACCGAAGUAUACAAGGUAAGCUGUGAGACUCUCUAGGUCGACUCAAUCGUUUUCCAUUGUCAUUCAUCGUAUAUAUUUGGCACACCUGAGAGACUCUCCGUUCGCUGCCGUCAUGCCCGAAGUAUAUGCAGCGCCCUCUGACUCUGCCUUCCCGCGUAACUUUCAAGGGUUACGGUGAGAAAGGUCUCGAAGGAUUGAAGUGGCCUAACAACGCUAAGAUAGCCGUGUCUUUCGUAAUCAACUAUGAAGAAGGUGGUGAACGAUCUGUCAUGAGUGGCGAUGGAGUUUCCGAGAUCAGCCUUCGCGAGUAUCCCGCCCAGCACAAGAUCAAUGAGCGAGACUACAGCAACGAGUCGGAAUUUGAAUAUGGGUCACCCCGCGGCUGGUGGCGAAUUUUUAAGCUUUUCAACGACUACAAGAUGAAGUUCACUCUUUACGCGGUAGGAUCGGCCGUUGAGAUGCAACCAGAGGUGACAGUACGCUGUGUCGAGGAGGGUCAUGAUAUUGCUUCUCAUGCAUACCGCUGGAUCGACCACGGAGAUCUAUCAGUUGAAGCCGAGAAGCAACAUAUCCGCUAUGGCAUCACAGCGCUGAAGAACCUCACCGGUUACGCACCUAAAGGGUGGUACUAUGGACGACCCUCCCCCCAGAGCAGAGCUCUGAUUCCCCUUGUUCACGAAGAGAUGGGCGAGGAGCUUCUCUGGGCCAGCGACACCUAUGCCGACGACAUUCCCUACUGGACCGACCUACCUCAAGAGCGUAGCAGCGAGAACCCCAAGGGAUGUCUCAUGGUCCCCUAUAGCUACGACUGCAACGACUUCAAGUUCCAUACCCAAGGCACUGGUUUUCGUAGCCCUGGUGGCUUCUACGAGCACAUCAAGAACUGUGGAAGGAACGCUUUUGAUGUACUGUAUGAGGAGGGUGAGAACGGAGCCCCUAAGAUGAUGACCCUUGGGCUGCAUUGUCGUAUCAUCGGUCGGCCCGGGCGUUUCAAGGCUUUAGAGGACUUUGUCAAGUACAUAUCUGCCAAAGAGGGCGUUUGGGUUGCCACAAGGACGGAGAUUGCGGAGGCUUUUAGGGAACAGUUUCCAUACAAGAAGGGUCAGCUUGCAUGGACGAUGGAUCGUAACUCGGAGAUUAUGCAUUCUUGGUAA